AUGUGUUUGUCCAACGGAUGUUGGAAUAGGUGUAAAAGUGCCUUUACCAGGUCUUGCGAUAUCAUUUUGGGAGCCUGUGAGGUUAGCAGAUGUAACCAGGACGCCAUAUUGUAUGAAUUACUGGCAGAUUUUAUUUGCAUGGAGCAGAUGUCAAUAGACAUAGCUUAUAUGAGUGAAUUUGAUCCACUUUGGGGGAAUGACAAGUUAAACGUGAUACUUAAUCCAGAAGCAGCGUUAUUUGGCAAUCCAAUAGCACAAACAGCAUGUAUAUUUGAUUGUAUAAAGGCAACGACGGGAUUUUCAUCAGAUAUGUUAUUCCAUUGCGCUGGAUGUAAUGGAAGUUUAUAUCCAUUUGGUGGGUCUAUUGAGCAUACACAAGGUGGGGUUCAAGCAAGUACAUUAAUAGUAGAAAGAUUACUUGCGAGAUUGCAUAGAGUUGGACUUGCAUGGGAUACA